AUGCAUCGUCAGUUAUUUCACGCCCUUCUGGUUCAAGCUUCUGUUCCUUUAUUCGUUAGUUUCCUACCGUGCGGAGUUUCUUGCCUGGCCCCGGCGUUCAACAUUGACCUCCGGAGGUGAGUGAUCAAAUAUAAAACUUUUCUGAAGCCUAAUAUCGAAACUUCAAGCUUCAACUACUACAUCAGUGUACCCAUGAUCAGCGCCUUUCCUGCUCUUGAUCCACUAGCAAUUAUCUACUUUAUUCCACAAUAUCGCAACACUGUCAUCUCAGUGUUUUCCUCGAAAUCCUUGUCGGAUAAUGUCAAAGUUUUCAUGCAAUCUUUUUCAUUGCAGUUGAAAGGAUCAUCGCGAAAAACAAGACCACCUCCAAAAAUUUCAAACAACUCAAAAAUUUGAUCCUUGGUUUAUUUUCUAUCGAGCUUACCUUCUUUCCAAGAAUCGGCUGAGAGUCUCACGUAAACCUCACUUACGAAAUUUUUCAGUGAGAAGCUUUUCCCAUCAAAACGACCAUUAACUGAUUUCUCUCAUCAAGCUUUCACUUUUCUCAAAAAUUAUGUUGCGAGUUUAACUUGACAAUGAGCUUUUUUUUAUCCUUUUUCAAAAAUGAACUUGUGAUACGUGUUUUGUGCAACAGUUGAAAAAAACUGUUAAGAAUUUGUCAUCAAAAAAAUAAUAUAAAAAAAUACAGUCAUGAAGAUAUUCAGUCAUUCUUGACCGAUUUUGAAUCUAUUUUUUUGAGAUUUUUAUAAAUAGUGAGACCUCAAUAUUGCAAAUGAAGUUUCCUAUUUUUUUAUCUUCAUUAUUGGAUACCAGAGAGCACUUUUUGGAAGGACGUGUGAGCCGGAAAUGUUAUUCCUUUUAUUUCGUUCAAAAAAAGAGAUUAAAUAACAAAGAAGCGUAUAAAAAGCAAGUUCUCAAUGUUAGAUCGAAACUAUUCAAUAGUAAAAUUAUUAUUUUCUAUAAAAAUAAAUCGUAUUUGGUCUAUUUUUUCUUUUUUCUCGUUAAAAAUGGCCUACCCGCCACCUUUUUUCAAACGCCGAGUUCGCUAGAUGUUUUUCUUGUUUUUUUCAGAGAUUUUGGAAGAUAAUAAGCACUUGCGAGAUUGAAAUAGUCGCUUGGGAGGAUUUUACUCUUUCGAACUCAUUUCGGUAUAAGUAUUCGAUUUCAAUGGAGACGGAGCGCAAACAGAACUUCACAAAAUGGUCCCCUCAUAUAUUCUGCGUAUUUUCUCUGUUAUUCAACUCUUUGUGGAUCUAUCUACUUCAUUCGAAGAAAACUGUGCUUUUUGGGAAAUAUAGUCACUUACUCACUUGCUUCGCCAUUUUCGACAUUCUAUAUUCAGUUUUCGACAUAUUCGCCCCUUUAGUGAGCUUACAAAUACAAUUUCCGUUUGUUAAGAGAGUUUACAGACCCAAAUACAACAUAAGAAAACGCUAUGCGCCUUGCUGAUCAGCGACUUCAUCGGUCCAGUAAGUUCGAUACGAAUUCACUUCCUUUUUCCAUUAAUCAGUAAACGAAUGAAGUUUCCCGUAUGUCAUGUUUUUAUCCUAAUUGUCUCAUUCUCACAGCUUUUUCUGGAAAUCUCAAAAAUUGUAGCCAUUACACAAGAAUGGAGAGGGAUUAAGAGAGCCUAAAAGCUAAUAAAAAGUGAUAGAAAUCUCUCUCUUUGACCUUUUUCCGGAGAAGAAUGGGAAAAAAGAGCAAAAAAGUUCAGAAGGAGGUAGGUUAAUUAAAAAGUUCGUUAUCGUCAAAAGGCUACAAAGAUAAAUUUCUCAGGAUCGUUUUUAGUACAUUUAAAGUACACCUUUUGAGUUUAAUAAAAAUUUAUUCGCCUCAAAAAAUUUGCGAAACUUUGAACAUUAGUUUUUUUACUUAACGGGCAGAAAGGAUUUUUUUUUUUUUUUUCAAAGAGAAAAAAGUUUCAAAACUAAGAUUUUACAAGGUUUCCCGUCAUAUGUUCCUGAUUUCCAGAAAUCACAAUACGCUAAACUCGGAAUGAUUACCAGAGCGGCCUCUAUAGGACUGACUUUCGGCAUCCUUGAAAUUCACUUCUUCUACCGUUAUCUGCUUCUUUGCAGGUGGGCAGCUUGA